GUCUUUUUCAUGAAUGCAACCGAUGCAGCAGAUCGAGAUAUUGAGCGCUUGAAGGAUACAUUAGUUGAUAUCGCCUUUCAGCAGUCAACAUGGGGACAACAGAUGCCGAUUGUUUGGGUGCCUCUUGAUUUACAAAUAUCAGAUAUGAGAGCAGAUGGAGUAAAGCUGAUAACAAAAGAAAAACUUUUAGAGAGAAACAAAUCUAAUAAAGAAUUUGCUCUGAAUGAAAGAAGAGUAGACGAUUUCUUAAUUGUUCAACACUCAAUUGGAAAGCUGUUGUAUUUCGAUGAACCUGCUUUAAGAGAUUUCAUUGUCAUUCAACCUUCAGCAAUGGUCAAUAUCCUGAGAGCCUUUGUUACAGACAAAAUGUUUUGGCCAGAAAAAGGACCCGUCCGAGACAUACUGGAAAAUUUAUCAUCUACUGGAGUUCUAAAGAAGACAGACCUGUUUACUCUUUGGUCACAACCAGCUUUCAAAGAAAUUUUGACGGAUGUCAUAACUAAGGAAUAUAUAAUCCAAGUCCUCCUUCAUCUAGAUAUCCUUGUAGAACCUAAACGCUACACUGAAAAAGACGCUGCUGCAGACUUAUUUCUAGUACCCUGCAUUGUGAAGCAAAAGAUUCCAAAACAAAUGCAGAAAAAUGCAACAGAUGACAGAACACUGUGCAUAGCUUAUCAUCUUAAGGAGACAGUGGUUCCAUCUGCUUUGUCGUUCAAACUUAUAGGGGCUGCAAUAAAUAUCUGGUCUCUGAAAGAAGAGGACAAUCGUUUUUGUCUUUAUUUUCAAUCUGCGAUUAUGGAUGCUGACAACAGAAAUGAACUUCAUAUUAAGGUUGAAGGUCAGAGAUUAUUUGCAUACCUCGUCAAUGAUGUGUCAAAACAGCUCAUAUCACCAGAUCUAGCAACAACAACACAGGAAUGCCUGACUUUGGCACUUGAACGAAUUCUUCAGUUUUACCCACGUUGUUUUGGUAAACAAAGUCACCAUUCCAUAUCAGAUCUGUUUGAAAUAGAAGUUGGAGAAAUGUGCAACGGUAAAACGUGUUUAGUACCUUUGACAGAUGCAAGAACAAAAGAAAAUUGGAUAUGCAAGAACAAGAAAAUACAUAAAACAAAAUGUCCUUUGAAUUGGGUUUUUGAAAAGAAUAAGAAGCAUUGUGACUCAAAUUGUAAAGGUCCUGAAACAAAAACACUGGACUUGAAACCAGAUAAUCAUCAUUUCGUGCAACUAGCAAGAACAAUUGGUAUUGGGGACUUCCCUAACUUCUUUAUAAAACUUGGAAUGGAAAAAAAUGAUCUGGAGAACUUAAAUUUUCGUUAUUUUUCAAAUCCUAUGGAUUUUAUGUUGAUGGGGCUCUUUGAAUGGAGGGAUAAAACAGAAAGUAACCAAAUGAAUGCAACAUUCAGAAAACUGCAGAUGGCACUGACGGCUAUUAAAAGACAGCACUAUCUGUGUCAGGUACACAGAGAGGAUCAAACUUUAACAAAAAUAGCUAAUGUUGGCCUACAAGAUGAACCUUCAGAUGACGUAAUUAAUAGUUUGACAGAAAAACAAUUGAUAGGUGAUUGCAUUGUUCACUUAGGCAUUGAAUUAGAACUAAGCAUUAAUAGCAUUAAGGCGACAAUAAAAAACAAUCCAAGGGAUGUUUAUGGUCAAUUUCAUGAUCUUCUCAUCAAAUGGAAAUCUGGCCAGGUAAAGCCAACAAUCUACCGACUAAUGGUAGCUUUGAAAAAUGUUAAAGCGUCUGAUGGACUAGCUUAUGUGAUGAAAACGUAUGAUGUUGAGCCAAACAUUAAUGACAGUUUGGAACAGGAAAAAAAGCAGUUUGACCCUAGUUUAUCAGACCUGAGGGAUAUUUUGGAUCAAAUGAUGACAAAGUUAGUGAUAUCAGUGGAUGACAGACGCAGCAUUGAACAAAAUACUGAUCAGGAAAACACCAUGCUAGAUAUAGUGAUCAAAAGGGGAGAGCCUAAUAAAUCUAUGUGUUUUUAUGUUUUAAUGCAAAAUAGUGGAUACGAAGAUCUAGCAGAAAAAUUGAUGUCUGUUUCAUCCAGCUCAGUGCCACCAACCACUAAAACAGAACUACCAGAUGUUCCCGCUUAUAAAAUACGUCUACAGAAGAAUUACCUAGAAAUAAUCAACACGUUAACACACCACUACAAGUAGAUGUACAACAACAGUGAAAGUGAAAGUACAGAGAAAAGAAAGACACCUGUUUGUUAAGAAAAAGAACAAGUUGUUUAAAUGAUUUGUGUUUUAGAUAUCCAUCUAUGAACAUAACCGUACAGAUUUAUCUACCAACCCUUGAGACAUAAUUCAAUUGAAGUGAAAAGUGCAAUGAAAUAAUAUUUACAAACUGCAGUUGCAUUUGUUAUUAAUGAGUCAGAUAUAGGUUCUUCAUAAAUGUUAAAAGGUUGAUGCAAACUUAUGUUUGUUUUUUUUUAUAUUUGUACAUUUUGAAAGUCAAUUGACUGUUAACCAUGUUAACCAAUAGAUCAAUGCUUCAUUCUGUUGUUACAAACAUUAUGAUACUGUUCCGUGAUAAUAUGAUUGUUCAGUGCAUUCUAAUGUGGAUACUUGAGUUCGAUUUGUUUUAAUGGCAUGUAGAUUUGUGGAUUUUUUCAUGUAGCUCUACAGUCUUAGUAUGAUUUUCUAGUGAAUUUAUUUUGAUCACAUAACAUUCAGGGGCUAUCAUACCUGUCAAAUGACCCCUUUACUGUUGGUAACUUCUGAUAAUUUUGCCCCUUCCUGGAUUUUUGUUGAAA